UGCCGCGCUGAUUUUUUUUUUUUAAAGAGGGUGGGGGUGCGGGGGACUGCUUGGUCGUUUGUUGUGGCUGUUAAAUUUUAAACUGCCAUGCACUCGGCUUCCAGUAUGCUGGGAGCGGUGAAGAUGGAAGGGCACGAGCCGUCCGACUGGAGCAGCUACUAUGCCGAGCCCGAGGGUUACUCCUCCGUGAGCAACAUGAACGCCGGCCUGGGGAUGAACGGCAUGAACACCUACAUGAGCAUGUCGGCGGCCGCCAUGGGCAGCGGCUCCGGCAACAUGAGCACCGGCUCCAUGAACAUGUCUUCGUACGUGGGCGCCGGCAUGAGCCCGUCCCUGGCAGGCAUGUCCCCCGGCGCGGGCGCCAUGGCGGGCAUGGGCGGCUCUGCCGGGGCGCCCGGCGUGGCGGGCAUGGGGCCGCACCUGAGUCCAAGCCUGAGUCCGCUCGGUGGGCAAGCGGCUGGAGCCAUGGGCGGCCUGGCCCCUUAUGCCAACAUGAACUCCAUGAGCCCCAUGUACGGGCAGGCCGGCCUGAGCCGCGCGCGCGACCCCAAGACUUACCGGCGCAGCUACACGCACGCCAAGCCGCCCUACUCGUACAUCUCGCUCAUCACCAUGGCCAUCCAGCAGAGCCCCAACAAGAUGCUGACGUUGAGCGAGAUCUACCAGUGGAUCAUGGACCUUUUUCCCUUCUACCGGCAGAACCAGCAGCGCUGGCAGAACUCUAUCCGCCACUCGCUCUCCUUCAACGACUGCUUCCUCAAAGUGCCGCGCUCGCCCGACAAGCCCGGCAAAGGCUCCUUCUGGACCCUGCAUCCUGACUCGGGCAACAUGUUCGAGAACGGCUGCUACCUGCGCCGCCAGAAACGCUUCAAGUGCGAGAAGCAGCUGGCUUUGAAGGAGGCCGCGGGCGCGUCGGGUGGGAGCAAGAAGGCGGCCGCCGGGACCCAAGCCUCUCAGGGUCAGCUUGGGGAGGCCGCCGGGCCGGCCUCCGAGACUCCGGCGGGCACCGAGUCGCCCCACUCGAGCGCUUCCCCAUGCCAGGAGCACAAGAGAGGGGCCCUGGGGGAGCUAAAGGGGACGCCGGCCGCAGCGCUGAGCCCCCCGGAGCCAGCGCCCUCACCAGGGCAGCAGCAGCAGCAGGCCGCAGCCCACCUGCUGGGCCCGCCCCAUCAUCCGGGCCUGCCCCCCGAGGCCCACCUUAAGCCGGAACACCACUAUGCCUUCAACCACCCCUUCUCCAUCAACAACCUCAUGUCCUCGGAGCAACAACACCACCACAGCCACCACCACCACCAGCCCCACAAAAUGGACCUGAAGGCCUAUGAACAGGUGAUGCACUACCCCGGCUACGGUUCUCCCAUGCCUGGCAGCCUGGCCAUGGGCCCGGUCACGAACAAAGCGGGCCUGGAUGCCUCACCUCUGGCCGCAGACACCUCCUACUACCAGGGGGUGUACUCCCGGCCCAUUAUGAACUCCUCUUAA